CAUCCCAAACAACCCCUACGGUCCCUUUAUUUUUUUUCCCUCUUUACACUCCCCUCCAAGAAACCAUGAUGAAUUGGGACCAGCAUUUGGGGAAGGGAAUGGGUUCAUUGAAUUAUCAGAGACUAGUAUUAGGUGUUGGGAGGUUGUCAAGGGGUGUAUACGUUAAUGGAGCAGACGUUUUGGAGUUGCACCCUUGCUGCUUGUGGGUGAAUAACUGGAGAGGGGGAGAGAGCGAGUUUUUGGCAGUCAUCAUUUUUAUUUCUUAGUCAUUUUCUUCUACUUGAAAGGAUAUUUCUUGUAUGUAUGCUUGUUUCUUGCUUAGAUGCUAUUAAAUUUUCAUUGCCAGAAAGUCUUUAUGACAAUUAUGAAUUGCUGAUCCAAAUUUUAAAAUUUCCUCUUGAAUGUUGUAGACGCUGAGAGCAACAAUUUAAUUCUCACUGCAAAGUAUUCACUUAUUAAAUCUGCUAAACAGCUUCCUGCAGAAGUUUCUCAAAUUUGUCCUCAUUCAAUAAUCCAUGGGUACGUGUGUAACUUGAUUGAAUCUGGUUGUUUUGUUCGAUAUAUUGAGCGUUUAACUGGUUUUGCUCUUAGAAGCAAGGCAACGGAUGACCGAAGAACUAAUCUGUCUGAAGCCUUCUACAUUGGGCAAUCUGUUCGCAGUUACAUACUUGAUGUUAGUAGUGAAACUGGCAGAGUAACAUUAUCUUUGAAGCAAUCAUUAUGCUCUUCGAUGGAUGCAUCCUUUAUCCAAGAAUACUUUCUCUUGGAAGAAAAGAUUGCUAAGCUGCAGUUAUCUGACUCAAAAAGUCUUGGGUUAAAUUGGGUUGAAGAUUUUAGCAUUGGCAGUGUUGUUGAAGGAAAAGUUAGUGAUGUGAAAGAUUUUGGAGUUUUCGUCAGCUUUGAGAAGUAUAAUGAUGUUUUUGGUUUUGUUACGCACUAUCAGUGUGGAAUUACUGUGGAAACUGGGUCCAUCGUUCGAGCUGUGGUUCUUGAUGUUGCCAAGAUUGAACACCUUGUGGAUUUGUCUUUAAGGGCAGCAUUUGUUGAUAUAUUGAGAGAAGAAACUUCUAAAGUUGAUAUUAACAAGGAGAAACGCAAAAAGGAAUCACACAAAGAACUGGAGGUACAUCAAACUGUUGAUGCAAUGGUGGAGAUUGUGAAAGAUACUUACUUGGUUCUGUCAAUACCACAAUAUAACUUUGCUGUUGGAUAUGCCUCACUGACCGACUACAGCACACAAAAGUUCCCUCCAAGACAAUAUGUUAAUGGCCAAAGGUGAAACAUGAUUUCUGUUGUAAUUUAAUCAAUACUUUGUGCAUGCCAUU